GAAUACAAGUUUUUGACCACAGGAAAGUGCUUUCCUCCCCCCCACUUUCUAUAUAAAAGGGAAAAAAAGAGCAGAACUGUGUGUGCUGCUUGGGAUUGUGCUUACAGUGGUUCCUAAUGUUCUGUUGGCUGUGUCAUUUGUGCUUGUACUGCUCAGAACUUGAGAGGUAAACCUGAUCAAAAACUUCACAUUUAUUUUUGUUGCUUUGGGUAAACUCUUGGUUUAGAGUCGAGUAGAUGUGUAGCUUGCACAGAAAGUGUGAAGAAAAGCUUUAGAUGGUGUUACAGGAGUAGUAAGAAAGUUAAAAGUUUGGUAGUAAGCCAUUAAAGUCUCUGCCUUGUGUGAAGCUGUGGGGUAGAAAAUACCAGUCACAGCUCUAUAAUAUUUUUUCUUAGUUCCUGUAUCCUUAAAUUGGAAACACGGAAGUAUCAGCUUUGUUUAUUGAAGUGAUUAUGGCUUGCACUUUGGAAGAUGUGCGCAGUGUGUCAGAGUGUCUUGAGGUUUGGCUUUUAUCAAAAUUCUGUCGGUAUUGUUGGUUACAAUUCUUUUCCCAGCUGUUAACAGCUGGCAGACACUCAUGUACACAGAUAACAUUGGGCUCUGUUGAUGUAGCUUUGUUCAUUCAGAGAAUGUGUGAACUUGCUUCAUCCUGAGAUAAACCUCUUUACAUAGGAGGGCCUGUACUGAUGUGCUGGUAGAGCUUUCAGAGUCAGUGUGCAGCUGCACUGAUGGAGCUGUAUUGCCCUGAAAUGGUGCAUGCCUGCCACCCCACCCUGUGAAAACAACAUGCAGGUGAAAGUACAGUUGUAAUGGUGCCAUUACCUCUGUGUGAGGAGCAUACACCACUGCUCUGUUCAUUAAGAACUUGCACCCCUUAAUGUUUCUGACUUGUGCGAUUGUGCUGGUGAAAGAGUAUUUCUGCUACUUGUUCAGGAAAAUAAACUUACAAUACUUGGUGCUGUGUUCAUUCUGGGGCAUGACAGAGUGGUUCAUCCUUUUUAUUUAUUUAUUUAUUUAUUUAUUUUGAGUGUAGUCCUAUAGAAGUAGGAUAUUUCCAGUGUUUUUCAUGGGAAGAUUAUUUUAAAGCCUGAGACAUCCAAAUAAACUUAAGUCUCUGUAUUCUGUGUUGCAUAAGCCAGGGAGCUGCCCACACCACUUGUUUUAGUUGGGUAGCUGUAUUAUACUCUGCGGCUGCUCGUUGUCUUUUCGGAGUCUUACCAUUGACUGGAGUCCACUGUGUGUCUGUGGUAACAUGGUUUUGUGCUUGCACAUUAAAUUCACUGCCUCCAGAGGUGCCACAUUCACUGCAGUGUGCAGGACUGCUGUCCUGUUUGUGGCAAUGGCUUUCUUAGACUCAUGUACGGUAAGUGAGUAACUUGACACACAUCAUGGGAGGGAAGGGAUGAUGGUGUAGACACACUGUGGAGGGACUUAAAAUAAUGAUUGAAGCAGUUUUAAUUUGGAAAGCUUCUUUAUUACAAGAGUGAACACCACUUGAAAGUAUGUGUUCUUGUAAUAAAUGUAUUUUUUUUACAUAAGCUGCCAAAUUGGUCUCGUUUGCUUGUGGAUUUUGUUCUGUUUCUUGAUACCUUUCUUAAGUGGAGGAACUGAUCUUCCAAGGGUACAAAUUUUCCCGUCCUGCAGUGCAUCACUUUCUGUCUUGGAUCAGCAUAAUCUCACAUUAGUUGUCUGUUCUCUUCCAUUGCUUUUGUUAGGAGUUUAGAUGGGGUGCUAUGCAACACUUCCCAGUUACUGCAGUUGGGCUUUGUGAAUGUUGUUCCUGUCUUUGUAAAGGUGGGUGGGCAGGUGAGGCAGAAGCACAGGAGCUCUUAGUGGAUGUAGGAUGAGACUUGUGGAGGUUAUUGCUGCCGUCUCUGACCAGUAAAUAUUGUGUCCUGUACGUGGGAUUGGAAUACAUCUGUGGUAGUAAAUGCUACCUUGAAAGUAGAUCUUGAUGCUUUGUGCUGUUGUGUGCAGAGUUAUUUGCCUAGAUAUAUUACAGCUUCAUGCAGCUUAAGUUUCUUCUUCCUUUUAUUAGUGUGGGGAUAUUUAUGAGGAAUAUGGCUGUAUUACUGAGCUGUGCAUUACUGAAUAUGCAUUGUUGAAAUUAGAGUAUGUUAAUGUGUUCAUUUUUUAAAAGGGAAAUAAUUUAUUGAUUCUGGAAUAGGAAGAAGUUAACUUCUACUUCUGAGCUGUUAGUACUGCAGUACAUUUUUGCAGCAUUAUUUUUGAUUGCUUUUUAUACUCUUACAUCUAAUAAUAAGCAGUGAAGAGCUCUUAAGCAAACUGUGUCUUUAUCAGCUUUCAAAUGCUGAGUUUUUACUGGUAUAAAAUGUGUUUACUAGGAAUGUCUGGGCUUCUGACCUUUACACUGUUGCGCUGCUGUAUCUGUUGCAGUCAAAUAGUGAGAUGGUCAAUUGUUCAGGGAGUGGAGUUGGGAAAUAAAUCAGUUUCCUCACAUGGGGAGUUCAGCAUUGUGGUCACUGCCUUUCUCACUCUGCUGCGUCUCUUCUGUUGCAAUGUUCCCACUUCACAACUCUUGGAAAGGCAAUUUCCUUCUUUCAGAAGGGAAGUAUCAGAACUAGUAAUCAGUGGGCACGUUUUAUAUUAAAGUAGACUAUAUUCUAGUUGAACAUAUAGGGGAAAAGAUGGUACACUGUGCAAUCAAAGCUUUCUUAGCAUAGGUGUAUGGGUUGUGUCAGAUCUGUACGUGUUGGCAUACACCUGCAGGUGUCAGGGACUCCAUCAGCCUUGAGAUAGAUGUGGACUGAGUGAGUCCUCAGAGAAGUGGUGGAACACAUCACAUUUACCAUCAGUAUCUGUUGCUUCUCACAGAAGUAGUCUGCUCUUACAGCUUUCCUGAAGGAGCAGGUGGAGAGAACUGCACUGCAGCCCUGUGUGUGUGCAGCUUCUUCCAUUGCUAGUGAUGAACCUAUUUCCUGCUGUUCUAAGGGGUCAGUGAAGUUUACCUUUUCUCUGCUUUCUGGAUAAAACUUCUGAUCUAUGUAUAUAAUAAGUUUUGCCCUACUGAAUUCCUCCAAGCUGCUUUUGUGAUGCUUCAGAUGCAAAGAAUUAAUUUUGUUAAUGUGAAGGAGAAAGAGUGCAAGUUUUCCUCGAUGUCAUCUUUGACAAGUUGGGGACAAAAAGAUUUUCAGUGGAAUCAAACAUCGAACUGGGAGUGACAUUAAGUGAACUAUGCCAGCAGUUUUUUCAUUUGCGUCAGAAAUGAUGUCCUUAUUUGACUUCUCAGACAAUCACAUGAUAUGAUGUGAUAAUUAACCUAUUCACUUCAGAGUUUUUGGAAGUCUUCUAGUUGAAGCUAGUAUCUUAAGUUGGGGCCAAGACUGUUUUCUUGUCUGGAUACAGCGUUAAAAGUAAGACUUUUAUUAUGCUUUAAAUUUCUUUGUGGAUGAAAUACCUUUCUGUAUUCCUAUUAGCUCUAGCUUUUGGAGAGUUGCUGAAUCUUACGUUGAUGAUCCUUGUGAUUAUUGCAGAUCUCUGACUUGCCUUUGGGUCAUAGCACUGAGUAUUAAUAAUGUGUCUGAAGCAUUAACUGGUGUCUUAGUGGACUUAGCAAAGCAGCCAAAGCCUGUGAAUUCCUGUUAGAGCAGAAGUAAGUCCCCACUGUUAAGUAAGAGGGCUAAAUGAAUCAAGUCCUGGGGUGCUAAAGCCUGUAAAGUGUCUGAGUAUGCAGUUAACUCGCUUUCUGUGUUUAUGUGGGGUUUGUUGUAUGUGAGGUGUUUCAAAACCAAAUACAUUUUUGUAAGGAGAUUUAAAGGCACAUAAAGAGAUGAGAAUUAAGCUGGAUGUCAGCUGGAUGUCAUUGUUUGGACUAAAACACUUAGCAGGAUGUUUGUAUAGCCUGUAGUUUAGUAGGUUUGGGAACUUGUACAGAUUACAGCAUAUUGUUGGAGCGUAGAAGAGUAGCUCUCAUCUAAGAACAUGCAGGAAGAGAUGCAGGAUACUUUGCUAAGUGAACCCGUUAACAGGGCCUAGCACUAAUGAGAAGAUAAAGAACAUUAUUCUUAAUGAAUUCCUCAGGAAUUAGGUAGCUCAUAAGCUGGAAUUGGAGAAUUUACCAUGAAUUUUGCCUUUGCUUUUUGUUUGUACCCAAGUCCUCAGAUGAAGGAGAAACUCUUGGUUGCUCUUAAUUCAUGUUAAAAGUAAUAUUACUAAGUUGUCUUUCAAUCUCUUUUUGUCAAGUGAGAUCUUCCCGGUUAAUUGAGACAAGAAAUUGAUUGUGCAAUUAAGAUAAGUUCUGAAAAAGACAAGGUCUUUAUGCAGUCUGUGAACACAUUGAAUGCUUACUACCUCUUUAGGGCCAGUAAAUUGGAGAUAAUUAAUUUUUAAAUGGAUCUUUGUCUAAAAAACAGCAACACAAAAAAGAUGGGGAAAGAUAGCUGUUGUUUGAGAAGUUCUGUCAUCUUCAGGGUUAAGAUGUUAUAUUGAGGCAUCUAGAACAGCUUAAUUUAAUUACCCUUCUGCAACUACAGGUAUCUUCAGGUUGCCUGUCCUGCAGUUGCCAUCUCUCAGCCAUAGGUAACUUCUUGUAGCUGACUUUUUUGUGUGUGACGUUUGUCAUCUGUUUGGCUCCAGCAAUGGCAGCUUCUGAGGUUUUGGCUGAAGGUGAGAAUGAGAGUGGACUUACAGAAAAGAAAGAGGAAAUCAUAGAUUUUCCAUUUUUGUUUUAAUGUACGCAGUGUGUUUGUGAGCAACUGCUGUCACAGUAGCAGGAUUUGGAAUUUGGGAAUUUCUUUUCUGCCUCUUGUUAAAUCAGUUGCUGAUACUCAUAGACUGAAUGAUACAGUACUGCAUCGAGAAGGAUGCUGAAUGGGAGUGCUGGCUUCUGCUAUUCUCCUCACUUUUUGAGAGUAGUUGAUCACACUGGAACUGUAAACUUCUAUCAGAUAAAGCUAUAAUGCCAUAAGGACUUCAGUGGCUUUACUGUUUUUUCCUUCAGCUGAAAACUUCAGCUUAGGGCUUUGCGUGUUUUGUUUAGUGACAGUUAUUUCUUGUUUUAAUGCUUAGGAUACUUUGGCUGCCUCUGAAACUGAGGUCCAGGAUGAAUUCAAGAGCCUGACUUUUUCAGGGGAUAUAAGAGCAUUCUCCUGAAAAGUGAUGGAGUAUGAAAAAACCUGUGUAAAUGCUUUCUUGACCAAAUAUUAUUUUUCAAGAUACUCUGUGUAGCUUUUUGCUCUACUUCUAGACAAGUGACUGUUGUUUCACUGGAAUGCUCACACUGUGGUUUGCAGUCUUAAUACAUUGAUCAGAGUUUGAGAAGGCAAUCUUGGCUGAGGGGCAGCUGGGGCAGUACAGCUGGGUAAGGUGUGAUGAGCUCGUGCUGAGUGGCAGCUGAGCUGUUGUUGCUGCUUAAAAGGGCUCUUGUUCUCUUGUAUGUCUUUGCAGUUUUGAUACUAAUUCUUCAUCCUUUCACCAAGGGGAGGUGGCUGGGGGGAAGGCAGCAUAAAUGAGCAGCCUUAGUAAUGUUAGCAUUGCUCUUUGUUUUUCAUGGUCCGUAACUGUGAAUUGAAUAAGCAUUUGAAUCCAUUGUUUAAUGAGGAACUGUUUUGUUUUGUUACCAUUUUAGUCUACAAAGCUUGAAGUUCUAGGCUUGCUUCAUCUGUGGAAGGGAAAGAGUUAUUGCCUUUUAAAGAAAUUCAUAACCUGUCCAACUUUAUUUGUAGGUAGCCUUAAAGGCUUACUUUAAGGAUACUUUAUUAGAAAACCAAGCAUUUUCAUACCAAAUGUAGGGGAUAGUUUAAACAUUAAAUUCUUAAGCCUUCCACCUUGGAAUUAUUUUAAAAUUUUAAUUUUGUUAAGAUUAUGUGUAAUAGAGAGAAUAAUAGGUAAUAGAGGUAAUAAUGGUAUCAUGUCUUUAUUUAAAACAAAAAACCUCACCCAUGUUAUUAUUGCAUAGAAUUUCUUGAUUUAAAAUUGUGUUAAAAAAAAGUUAUAUUAAACUAUGAACUGUGUGUAUACUCUGUAGCCACGCCUCUCAGUGGGGUAUGACUUCAGACUGAAAAUCAGAUUGUGUUCAGGGAGCCAGAAUAUCUCCUGAGAAGAUGCUGAUUGCACUUGGAGAGCAAGGUAGUGAUAUCAGUUGUGUGGCUCAGCACGGAAAUUGAGAAGAGCAUGUUGCUCAAACAGCCCUUCAUACACCAAGGUGUGACUGCAGAAUGAGGGCAGUAUUCUGGUCGACAAUUCUUUAGUAUAUAUUAGAUAAAUUAUUCAAAUAAUAUGUUCCUUUUGAGUGUUUAAGAAAUAGUUUAUUUUCAUAGCUUAACGUUAGAGUUGAACAAGAAGCUGACUUUCCCUCUUCCUUUAGGAUUAUCACUUAAAAAUUACGUGAUGUGUGAUGAGUUGGAGAUUCUGAACAGGGAGAUUGAAAGGUUAUUGCAGAGCAGCAGCGUGGAAGAAAGCACUAAGAAUAACUCAGACUGUCUUCAGACAUCACUGACAGACUCGGAUGUAAUCACUGGUUCAGACUCUGGAGCAAAAUACGAAUUAGAGCAGCAGUCGUCAGAAAAAGAAUUUUUGGUAUCUGCUUCUGCUGACAACUCAAAGAGACAGUCUGGUGCUUCUGAGUCAGGCAAUUCAGCAUGUGCUGGAAGGAUAAUGCUGAAUGACUCUGAUCCUUUGCUGCCCUCUUCUGGCUCUCCUUUUAAUUCAGCUCAACAGGGAGAAACUGUUCAAACCUCUAAUGCUGUGUCAGUGUUUCGAGGUGGGGAGAGUUGUGUCUAUACUAUGGAACAAGCUGUAAGCUUACAGCCAGUGUCUAUGGAAUCUGAAUCUAAUACUGACAACAUGGAAAACAGCUCCCCUGCAUCAGCUUUGGAUGAAAAAGAUGAGCAAAGCAAUGAGGAGGAACAAAAAUCUAUCAAGCCUACAAGCAAAGAAUUCAGGAAAACCUGGGGGUUUCGAAGGACUACAAUUGCCAAGAGAGAAGGUGCUGGAGACAUUGAUAUGGACUCUAGUGAACAACAGCCACAACAACAGCAACAAAGCUUAAAUCUCAGGCGUAGUGGGCGACAACCAAAGAGAACAGAAAGAGUGGAAGAAUUUCUUACAACAGUGAGGCGCAGGGGGAGGAGAAAUGCUCCUAUUGCUUUGGAAGAUUCAAGUGAACCUGCAUCCUGUCCAGCUACAGAUGCUGAAACUGCAUCAGAAGAUAGUGUUGAAAGUGCUUCAGAUACAAAGCCUGGAACUCGCAGAACUAGGAGCAGUAAGGAUCAGAAAGGCUCUAAAAGCAGGCGUACAAAAGAGGAAGAGGAGGAGGAGGAUGAAGAGGAGGAGGAAGAUACUUCUGACAGUGACAGUGAUGGGUUAACACUGAAGGAACUGCAGAACCGACUGAGAAACAAACGUGUUGAACAGAAACCGACACUGAAAGAAAUACAGAAUCGCUUGAGAAAAAGAAUUUCAGGGCAAGAUCCUGCAGAAACAGAUAACGUCCAGCCUGAUCAGCCAGUUAAGACUGAAUUACCUGUGAAACAGGAGCCUGACAUUGUAGAUAACACUGAGAUUGCAAGUCAGGUUGUUGUGUCUGAGGAAAACACUGAAGAUCUUCAGGUUCAAAAGGAGGUCAAACCUCCUGCUGGAACAAAAGGAAUUACAGAUGAGCAACCUGAAGAACUGCCCAAAAGCAAACCAGAGUCUGAGAUUUAUGACCCCAAUGCACUGUAUUGUAUUUGUCGUCAGCCUCAUAACAACAGGUUCAUGAUUUGUUGUGAUAGAUGUGAGGAAUGGUUUCAUGGUGACUGUGUGGGUAUUUCUGAGGCUCGAGGGCGGCUGUUGGAAAGGAAUGGUGAGGACUAUAUCUGUCCAAACUGCACCAUUCUACAGGGACAGGAUGAGUCUAUUUCAGAAACAGACCAGCAGGAAGCUAAAGCAGGGCAAGUAAAUGUGGAUGGUACAGAAUUCACGAGCAUAGGAACAGUUGAACACAAGUCUGUUGAGGACCAAGGCAUCAAGGGUAGGAUUGAAAAAGCUGCAAAUCCAAGUGGGAAGAAAAAACUCAAGAUAUUUCAACCUGUAGUUGAUGCUCCUGGUGUGUCCAAGUGCAUUGGUCCUGGAUGUUUCAAUGUGGCUCAGCCUGAUUCUGUGUAUUGCAGCAGUGACUGCAUUCUCAAACAUGCUGCAGCCACCAUGAAGUAUCUGAGUACAGGCAAAGAUACAAAACCAAAACCUAAGGAGAAGACCAAACCAAAAUCUGAAAAACCUGGUGUGACAAAAUCUCAUCUCCAGGCAGGCACUAAGCCUCUUUCAAACCAGAAGAGACAAUUUCCUGAGAAAAAAGAAACGAAUGUGAAGAAGACUGUUUUGUCAGCUGCCAAGACUGAGGCAAACACUCAACCUAUUGCUAGAGAGCCAGCAGCAGAAAACACCACGCCAUCAUGGGCAAGCGAUCAUAAUUACAAUGCUGUAAAGCCUGAAAAGACUGCUGCCAUAUCAUCUUCACUGUUGUUCAAAUCUCAAAAGGGAGAUAAAAAGAAGGAAGACAAAGCAGCAGAGCACACUGUGGCAUCAAAGAGACCUGUUGCUUCAACAUCUGUGGCAGAGAAACAGGCAUCUCUCACUAAAAAUCUUCUUCCCAAGAAGGCCCCAACCUUCUCUAGCUUGUCACUAGCCAAACAGCCACUGAAGUCUUCUACUGGGAGUUUCAAAGGCGUAAUUCCCAAGAAGCCGUGGCCUUCAUCAGACAGCGUUCCUUCAAAGCCUUCAGCUCCUUCUCCUGCCUCAUCGCUACCCAAAAAGCCAGUUGCAUCGUCCAGUUUGGGUGCAGGACUCAAAAGGCCUGCUCCAUCUUCUGUUCCCACUGCAUCUGGAAGUAGUCAAGUGAAAGUAUCGGCUGUUCCUAUCCAGUCACAGCCCAACUCUCAGAUUCGACAAAAUAUUCGGCGAUCCCUAAAAGAAAUUUUGUGGAAGAGAGUCAACGAUAGCGAUGAUCUGGUCAUGACAGAGAGUGAAGUGGGGAAAGUAGCGCUAAAUAUUGAGAAGGAGAUGUUUAAUUUGUUUCAAGUUACGGACAACCGAUACAAGAGCAAAUACCGCAGCAUCAUGUUCAAUCUCAAGGACCCAAAAAACCAGGGACUUUUUCAUCGUGUUCUUCAUGGGGAAAUCUCUCUGUCAAAACUUGUGAGAAUGAAACCAGAAGAACUUCUAUCUAAAGAACUGUCUGUGUGGAAAGAGAAACCAACCAAAGCAGUGAUGGAGUCGAGAAAAAAAUCACAGGAGGUCAAGAAAGUACCUGUGAAACGGGAACAUGCACCUGAUCUUAAUAUGGAAGACUCUCCACCAGUGUCUGAUUCCGAUGAGCAGCAAGAGUCAGCACGAAGUGUACCAAAAUCAAACAGUGCUCCUUCUUUGGAUGUUUUUAGCAGUAUGUUGAAGGAUACAACAAGUCAGCACCGAGCCCAUCUUUUUGAUUUAAACUGCAAAAUUUGUACAGGUCAGAUUUCAGCAUCUGAAGAUGAAGUACCUGCUAAGAAGUCAAAGUCAGCGGCUUCUGUUAAAAAGGUGGAGACAAAAUCAAAACCAGAAGUUCAGCCGAAGUACGAAAGUUCUGCACCAGCAGCAGCAGAGCCAGCCAAAGAGGCAGUAGCUGAAGAUGCAAUGGAAACUGAUGUUGAACCUGCAGCAGAAGUGGUUUCCCAGUCAAAUGUAGAAAGAUCUUAUAUUCCUACGACUCAAGUCCAGAACAAUGCUGACUCCUCUGUCCCUGAAGAAGCUUCAUCUCUUCCUGCUGUUUGUGCUGGUGGAGUUGUCACAACUGUAACAGUUUCUGGUAGAGACCCGAGGACGGCCCUGGGUACCUCCUCUGGUACUGCAGCAACUGCCCCACGAUCUGGUCCUGCAUCUGAGAAAGUUUCAGUGGGAGAAUCAAAGCAGGAAACGUCAAAGCCAGUUAUGACUGUCCCCAAAUCAAUAUUAACAAAACCAUCGUCUUCACCAGAUCCAAGAUACUUAGCUGUUCAUCAGUUACCCAGUAUCAACGUUGCAGAGCCACGCUCACCUCAAGACAGCGACACUUCCCUCUUCCUCUCUCGUCUCAACACCAUCUGGAAAGGAUUUAUUAACAUGCAAAGUGUGGCCAAAUUUGUCACUAAAGCAUAUCCUGUCUCCGGGUGCUUUGAUUAUCUUAGUGAGGAUUUACCAGAUACAAUUCAUAUUGGUGGGAGGAUCUCACCGAAGACAGUCUGGGAUUAUGUUGGCAAACUCAAAUCUUCGCUUUCUAAGGAGUUGUGUUUGAUUCGUUUCCAUCCUGCCACAGAAGAAGAAGAAGUGGCCUAUAUCUCUCUCUACUCCUAUUUUAGCAGUCGUGGUCGUUUUGGUGUUGUAGCUAAUAACAACAGACAUGUCAAGGAUCUCUACCUGAUCCCACUGAGUUCUAAGGACCCAAUACCUUCCAAACUCUUGCCCUUUGAGGGACCAGGUCUUGAAUCAUCGCGUCCAAAUUUAAUUCUUGGAUUGGUUAUCUGUCAGAAAGGGAAACGUCUUGCUACCGGCAUGGAAACAGACAAAAUAGAGGAAAAGCGAAGUCGGAUUCAGUUGCAGGAGGAAGCAGAGCCAUCGCAGUUCUUGAAGGGGCCAGUAGCUUCUUUUCAAGAAAAGAAAACCCCCAAAUACGGGCUUUAUUCUGGAGACUCAGCUGUGAGUACAACACCCCCUGGGUCUCCUCCGCCGCCUCCACCCCCACUUCCCGUUCCAGAAAGCUCAGCAGUUACACCUUCAGUAUUAAAAAUACUGUCCUCGAUUAAAAGUGGAACCACAGCUACUGCACCGCCUCCGAUCUCAGCCGCUGCUUCUCCAAGUGUUACUGCUACGCAUUCUUCGUCCUCAAAAACUGCCACACCUCUCGAGCACAUCCUGCAGACGCUGUUUGGAAAAAAGAAAUCUUUCGAACCUGUUGCUAAGGAUUCUGAAACUGCCCAGUCUUCAAAUCAGAAAGCUCAGGCAGCUGCUGAGGGAGGUGUGGCAGCUGUUCCUUUGUUAGAUCCCAUUGUACAGCAGUUUGGACAGAUGUCGAAAGACAAAGCGAUAGAGGAGGAGGAAGAUGACAGACCAUAUGAUCCCGAGGAAGAAUAUGAUCCAGAGAAAGCUUUCGAAAUGCAGACAGGUGAAAGUGAAAAACUUUACAGUGUGGAAAAGCCAAGUAAUACAGCAGUAUUAGAGGAUGAGGCCUAUGAUCCGGAAGAUGAAACUAUCUUGGAAGAAGCAAAAGUUGCUGUUGAUGAUUUACCUAACAAAAUGUAUACGGAUGCUAAAAGCAGUGCUCCAGAAACAUCUGCUCCAUAUGUACCUGACUUAUCUGCGUCCUCAUCCUUAGUGGAGCAGCAGAAAAUGUUGGAAGAAUUAAACAAACAAAUAGAAGAACAGAAAAGGCAAUUAGAGGAGCAAGAAGAAGCCCUCAGACAACAAAGAGCGGCUGUUGGCGUUUCAAUGGCUCAUUUUUCAGUGUCUGAUGCUUUAAUGUCACCACCACCAAAAUCUUCCCUAAUAAAGACUGAAUUGUUCCAACAGGGCCAGCAAGCUGUACAAAAAGUAGAUUUACCUUCAUCUGCAAAUCAACAAGCACAAGUUUUAAACCAGGGCUCUGACCCACGGCAGACUAGAGAUCCUCGACAAGCCCGAAGAAUGGCAACAGAAAUAAACGACAAUACUGAUGCUCGAAUAAAGCCACAGGCAGUACAGAAUGAAACACCUGCAAGAGAAAUUCUUUCAGCAAGUUUUCCAAGUGCUUUGUCAGCUUCACUUGGUAAGGAAGAUAAUACCUUAAUGUCUGCUCCUCAGCUUAGUUACACUGCUGGUAACUGGGUUUCAAGUGAACAGGCUUGUACGGUGUCACAGAAAGAGGCACCUAGUAGCAAAUUUGAAAACACCGCUCAAGUUAAUUUGGAGAAUGUAAGUCAAACAGUUCCUGGCGAACCCUCCACAUCCAAACCCUUACGCAAAGUGCUGCUUCCAACACCUCCGACUACGUGUUUUCAGCCUAAUUUCUCCACAUCAAAUGACAGUCAGUCUUUGCAAGAUAUGCAUCAAGUACCAUGGUCAAAUGAGCCAAAGGAAGGAAUAGGAAGAGAUUCUUUUUCAAAUGCAAUGUUUACUUCUCAGGAAAAUGCAGGUGGUCACUAUGAACCAGAGAGAGGUCUGUCUUCACUGCAGUAUGAAGAACAAAGAAACCCUCAGCCUCAUCAAUUUGUAGAACAAACUGAGUCUACAUCAAUUCAGGGUGAGGGUGGCCCUCUCCCACAGCACUUUGAGGAAAACAGACUUCCAUUUUCUUUGUCUGGGCAGAAAGGAGGACCUCCACAACCGCCAAUGCACAAUGCACCUGGAGGACCUCACGGACCUAACUUUAGAGGGCCAGCACCACAGUUCUCAGAAGAGCACGGUUCUCCAAACAGUGAUGGGCAAAGAGGAUCUGCCCCUGGAAGAUUUGGAGGUCAGAAGGGUCCCAUCCCUUCCUUAUUUUCUUCACAGCAUGGAUCUCCGGUUUUUGGUGAUAGUAGGGGCCCUGCCCCAUCUUACGGUGUUCCAAGAGGAAUGUCACCAUCUCAGUUUGAAGAUCACAUGGAACCUCACAUGGAACAAAGGGAAUUCUCAGAUUCCCAAUACAAUGAGAUGAUUAGGCCUCCAGGACCAUUUGAAGGAUCUGAUCAACCUCAGUUUAUGGGAAACAGAGGACCUUUUCCUUUUGGAGGUCAAAGACGACCUCCACCAGCUCAGUUUAAGGGACAGAGAGGAGGCCCUCAGUUUGGAGGGCCAAGAGGUCCGGCCCCUAGUCAUUUUGGGGGACCAAGAGGGCCUCACACAAAUCAAUUUGAAGGGCAGAGAGGUCCACCUCCGAAUCACGGACCUGGCCCAAGAGGACUUUUGCCACAGCCAUUUGAAGAACGGAGAGGGAGUCCCCCUCCCAGAUUUGCCAACAAGAGAGGUCCAGCACCACCUCAGUACGGAGGACCAAGAGGACCCUCGCCUGCAAUGUUUCCAGAGCAAAAUGAACCUCCUUCUAGAUUUCAUUUCCAAGGUCAGUCGCAACAAAGUAUGAAGUCAACCCCAAGACCACUCCUAGACCUUCCAGGUCAUCUGUCAGCCCACAGAAAAGACAUGUGGGAGGAGGCUGGACCAUCUGCAUCUCUUUCCAGUGUUCCCGGACAAGGGCAUGAGUCAGAAGGACAGUGGUCAGCACCUGACUUCCGAGAAGGCAAAAAUAUUGAAUAUAGAGGCCAGACAUUUGAAGGGAGGCAGAGAGACAGAUACGAGGGAGGAAAUAAAGACAAGGGUUUAGAUCAGCCAGAGCCUCAGCAAGCUGAUAAUCGACAAGGUAGACCGUUUGAGGAAAGACGAAGGGAUCGUGAACAUGGCAGACCUUGGGAAAGAGACCGUGGCAGAAACUGGAACAGAGACAGGGACUGGGAGAGACACAGGGACAAGGAAUGGGAUAAAAACAGAGACAGAAACCAAAACAAAGAUAGAGAGAAGGAUUCCGAGCAUGCUAAGGACUGGGAAAGAAGCAGAGACCGAGACAGAGCCAGAACCAGAGACAGAGAAUCCUACAGAAGACGUGACAGGGAGAGAUCAAGGAGCAGAGACAGAGAUCGUGACAGAGAUAAAGACAGGGACCGGGAUCGAAGCAGGGAAAAAGAAAGAGAUCGGGAGAGAGAUCGGGAUCGUGAGAGAGGAAGAGAUCGGAAAGAUCGGAGCAAAACCAGGGACACUGGUAAAGAGGUGAAGCCAGAAACACCUAAGGAAAGCCAGAAACCAACAGAGGCAGAAGCUUCAUCGUCCACUGCUCAGUCGUAGAAAUAUGGCUGCUACUGUAUUUUCCGUAAAUAAGACACUUUUACAACACAGCAAGGACCGAGUCAGUGUCUUCUGUAUAUACUGUAUAUUCUCACCUUUGCAAAAGUGCUGUUGUAAAUCUAGCCUUAUACAAUGUACUGACAAAUGAGUAAUUUUUGAAGAACUGUGAAUGAAAAUACUCGAAGAUGUAAACGGCAAGAACAUACCGGACUUUCACUUGCUGCAUUUUGUGCAUAACGUUUUUAUUCUAAAAAUUCACAGCGUUACCUGUUCUGAAAUUUUGUUUUUUUCUACUCGCAUCUUUAUCUUAAAAUUUCCAUUUACGGUACAGAAAUGGGAAAAGUCUAAGAAGAGCAUAUUGCUUUUUAAAAUUAUAAAGUUAUGUUUUCCAGUAACUUGAAUUGUAAUUUUAUAAGAGAAUUUAAUCAAAAUCCUAGGAGCCAUACCUGUACAUCUCAUUUAUGUGGUAUUUUGAUGUCCAAGUUGUUCCUACAGCACACGCUUUAAAAAAGGAGUCCAAUAUUGCUGUCUUUCUUUACAAUGCAAAGACUGUGUGUUUAGGAAAAGGCUGCAGAAGAACAGUGUUAUUAUUUGACAGAGGAUUUGGAAAUGGAAUGUUAUGAGCUUAAAGUGCACUAUUUUCCUUUCUCUAUACAGUUAUUUUGUGUUUUGAAAUCCAUCUGUUAAGUGUACAGCAAAGAAGCAAUUCAUACUUUUCACGAGGGUGAGGAGUUUUAAAUCCCACAUAUUUACAAACCCGUAAUUAAAGAGCAUAUAUGAGUAGCACCUUUAUAACCAGCAAAACGUUUUAAAAACACCAAGAUCUAUUGGCAAAAGAUCGAGUCUACAAAAGGAUGGGGAUACCAAAGGAAUGAAAAAUAACUUUAUUGAACAGAUGAACUGAUUUAUGUGAGGCAUUUUGGGGGUUUUGUUUUCUUUGGGCAGAAAACUGCCAGAGAUUUAAGAAGUGUCACCGCUUUCCUCUACUUUUCAAUCUAAAAGUGUGAAAAAAAGUGCUCCUGAAAAAAAACCCCACAAAAAUGCCCCUGUUUUUGUCAGCCCCUGCUCAUUCUGGCACUGUAUAUAAGACUGUCCAAUGAAAAUGGUCUACAUGCAUUUAGCUUGGAAAGAUUGGUAACACCUGAUGUCAUGAUUCAAGGGGGAAAGUCCUUACUGUGAAAUACAUUACACAGCUACUUUUCAUGUAUUCUUCAAGUACGUAAUUCUGAAGUAUGAAAUAAGAAAACCCCGUUAUUUACAAUUUGACUACAUAAAUUAACAGUUGCUUAAGUAUUUUCGUAUUUUUAUAAAAUAGUUUUGAAAAAGGUAAAAUUAGAUUCCUACAGAUACUUGCAUCUUGAAUUCUACAUUACAAGUAGCAUCCAUGUCAUGUAUCUCACCAUAGGUUAUAAGGUUCAUAUUGGUGUGUCUUACAAGUCCUCACACAUCACGGGUUUGCUGGUUGGAAUGAUUGCAAAAUGAACCUGUAAACAACACGUUAACAUGCAGAGAGGUGUUAUUAAAUACAAACAUCUACUAUGGUGUAAGAUUUUUUCUUAAUGAGAUGUUUCUAAUUUAAAGACAUACAUAAAAGUAUGCAAAAAGCAAGUGUGUUUGUUUAGGUUUACUUGAUAGAAAUUUCUGUAAAUUGUAUUUUAUAUGGCAAAAUAUAGCACUGUACAUGAAGAUAUGGGAGUUCACAGGUUUUUGUUACUGUAAGUAGAAUAAACAUCUACAGC